AUUAAAAACGAUAAACGCGUAUUUAAAAAGUACGAUUGUAAUUAAAAGAAGAAGAAGAAGAAGUGGAAGGAAAAUCUCGAUUAAAAUAAUGUGUUAACUCUUAUCGCAUGUUUGUUUAGUGUAUAGUGCAUCAGAAUGUAAGAAAGGGUUAUUCAUUCUUGGAAAAAAAAAAUCGUACAGUGAGAAAGAAAGAGAUAGAGAUUAACUAUUUGGUCGGAAAAGAGGGAAAAAUUGAACACACAAACGAAACCACGCUCGUUUAAUUUACUCUAUUUUCCUCUCUUUUUCCUUCUCUCUCUCUAUCUCUAUCUCUCUCUCUCUCUCGCGCGCGCUUACGCGAGAGAGAAAGAAAGAAGUCUGUCUGUCGAACGUGCAUGCCGUUAACGAUGUAGAAGAUCUUACUGCAGAUGGCCAUAAUUCACUAUUGUAAAGCAAAAGUUUAACAGUUAUCAUGGAACAUGAUAUAAGCGAUGAAAACUUGAACAUAAGUGAUGUCAUCGAAGUCAUCAAAACUACCGACCCUGGUUUUGUGGAAUCUAACGGACACAUGGAUCAAGAAAAAAUGGAAGUUGAUAGAAAGCACAUGGCGCAACCUUAUGUGGAGAUAGUAGAACAACCUGCAAGCAAAAGCUUGCGCUUUCGUUAUGAAUGUGAAGGUAGAUCUGCGGGUAGUAUACCUGGAAUUAACAGUACACCAGAAAACAAAACUUUUCCUACUAUAAGAAUAGUAGGCUAUAAAGGUCGAGCUGUGGUAGUUGUAUCUUGUGUAACAAAAGAUUUACCAUACAGACCUCAUCCCCACAAUCUUGUUGGCAAAGAAGCAUGUAAACAAGGCAUCUGUACGCUUGAAAUUACAUCUGAUAACAUGACUGUAACUUUUGCUAAUUUGGGUAUCCAAUGUGUCAAGAAAAAAGACAUAGAGGAAGCACUCAAAAUCAGAGAAGAAAUUCGUGUCGAUCCUUUUCGAACUGGUUUUGAACAUAGAAAACAACCUACUAGCAUCGAUCUUAAUGCAGUGCGACUAUGUUUCCAAGUAUUUUUGGAAGGAACACGAAAAGGAAAAUUUACUCAUCCAUUACAACCCGUAGUAUCAGAUCCUAUUUUUGAUAAAAAGGCAAUGUCCGACCUUUCGAUCAACCAUUUAAGUCAUAAUAGAGCUCCUUCUUGCGGAGGUAUGAAAAUGAUACUUUUAUGCGAGAAAGUAGCUAAAGAAGACAUACAAGUUAGAUUUUUUGAAGAAAAAAAUGGACAUGUUUUUUGGGAAGGAUAUGGAGAUUUCGCACCCACGGAUGUCCACAAGCAGACGGCGAUCGUGUUUAAAACACCUAGUUACCGUAUUCUACAAAUAGAAGAACCAGUACAAAUUUACAUCCAAUUGAAGAGGCCAUCAGAUGGUGUAAUAAGUGAACCACAUCCAUUUGAAAUGUCACCAUUGGAUACAGGUAUGCCUGCUUUCUGGUCUUUGCGAAAAGCAUUUGCUCGAAAAAAAGUAGAUUACAGUACAUUUGGUAAAAUUUUAACGACCGAGGCUACAUUGUUUCCCAAUGUAAUACCAAAAGUGCCUUGUAAUAUUGAUGAAUAUAAUAAUAAUAGUUUAGACACAAAAAAAUCAAAUAAUAAAAUUUCAGUACUACGUGCUUUGAAUGACUUAUAUAAUAUUAGAAAUACUACAAAUUCUUACAAUGGAAGUACUGACAUUGAUCAAAACAAUGUAAAAAAUGUUGAAUGUUUUAUGAAAAAUUCUAUUGAUUAUGAUAAUAAUGAAAUGCCAAUUGACUCUAAUAGCACGAUUAAAGGAAAUGUACAAGUCAAUAAGUAUAUUACUGGUAAUGAUAUUAGUAUAGAGAAUAAUACAUUUUCAAACGAUUAUAGAGAUACGACGCUUGAUAACCAAUCAGAAAUUAUUUCUCAAACAAAAUUAGAUUUAACAAACGAUACAAAAUGUUUAAAUAAAAACAUUGCCAACUCAAAAAAUAAAUCUGAUUGGUUUGAUUAUUCGGAAGUAGGAAAGUGGGUACAAAAAAAUCAAGCUUCUUUCAAAGAAAAAGAAAAUACAGCUGAGAUUAAAAACGAAAUGGAAGAUGGUAAUAAAUCGUUGAACGAUUUGAUAUCUCAAGUAGAUGAGUUAGAUCAAAUUUACGCUGAUACGCAUACGAAAUUGUUACAAGCUACUCUUGAUCAAAACGUGAUUGAAAGAUCUAUGGAUGUCGAUGUUUGUGAUAAUCAAACUUAUACUAGUCUUCAAAUGGCUAUGAAAAAUCCAAUAGAAUUAUUUGAUAUACCUGAUGAAAGAAAAUAUGAGGAUGUAUCGACUCCAAAACAAGACGUAUGUGUAUCAUUGUCUUCUUCGCCAAUAGCAACGAAAAGAGAUGUAACACAAAAAUUUGAAGAAAAAUUACCUCCCCUACCACCAAAACGUAUACGUAAAAUGUCUUCUAUGCCUGUUUUACCACGGCCUACGUCCUCUCAACCAAUAAUCGAAUCUUCCUCUGAAGCUCCAAACAAGAAUUUACCUUCUCUUCCUGGUACCUUACCCAAACAAUCUAAACAAAGUCUCUUUUCUAAACUAUUUGCAAAGAAAAUGAAAAAAGACAAAGAUAUAACUUCCAAUGUAUCCACGGACAAUAAUAAUCGUUUAUUUAAUGCAGGAGAGAGUGCUUCGUUUUUGUUAAAAAGUAUUCAAGAUAAUUCUGCAACGCAAAUGUCUAGACAUAGUAUUGCAAGUAUUACUAGUAAAUCUCUUACGUUAGAAGGUGAUGAAACACCACCUUAUGGGGUUGACUUAACAGAAGCUGAACAUUAUGCUCUUUAUACUACUAUGGCGCCCCAUGCAACAGCAUCUGAAUUCGAUGAAAUGUCUUUUUAUUAUAGUCCUGUAGAGGGAGGAAAAAUAUUAACGGAAAGAAAAGAAUCUUAAUAUUUUAUUUUAAAAAAUUUUAACUAUUUAUUUCUUUUAUCUUUUGUUUUCUAAAUAUUAGGAGAUCCCGUUUAACACGGCUUCUUAGAAAACAAGAUCACUGUUACAUGAUUUGAGAAUUAAUGAAAUUUCCGCACAGUAUGAAACGUAAUGUAGGAAUAGAGACAGGGUGAUCAAAAAUGAACACAAGACUUUAUCUAAGUACAACUAUAAUAGAAGUAUACAAGCUUAACAAAUAUAUAUAUAAACGUAUAAAUAUGAAUACUUUUUUAGACACUCAGUCUCAUGCAAUAAUCACAAUAUCUUGACAAUUAAUCGUUUCUCAAUUCUCAGUCACCUACCAAGUGACUAAUUACCUUAGAGCAAUUGCUUUCAUAAAAAUAUUUCUUUUAGUUUUUAUUUUUUAAUUUUUUUGUACCACCUCUCUUUUUGAAUCACCUCUCUGUUUCAUAUAGGAAUUUGCAUUUUAAUUUUAAGAUUCUAACAAACCGUGUUACACGAGGGUCACCUGUAUAAUGCCAUUAAACAUUUUAUAUGCCUUCCUCCUUAUGUUAUUAUCGCACUCAAAAUAUUCAUAAAGUGGUAAAAAUUCUAUUAUAUUAUUUCAAUA